AACGCGAGAGCGACCACAAACUCUAUCCGGCAACAACUUUCGACAAAAAAUCGACUCAAGACGGCGAGAUGACAAAAGGUACCUCGUCCUUCGGUAAGCGACACACCAAGUCCCACACGCUCUGCCGGCGUUGCGGCAGACGUGCUUUCCACAGGCAGCACAAAACUUGCGCACAGUGCGGGUACCCAGCCGCUAAGAUGCGGUCGUACGAGUGGGGCCAGAAGGCCAAGCGCAGAAAGACCACUGGUACUGGCAGGAUGCGAUACCUCAAGGACGUUUCCAGGCGAUUCAAGAAUGGUUUCAGAGAAAACACUGUUGCAAAGAAGAGGACAAAGCAGGCAGCCUCAGAAGCAUGAACGAGGCAGUGAUGCGCAACAGUCCCUGGAGUUUUGUCUUUUUGAGAGUUUCCGCUACAUAUACUGUGAUAAACCAGCUUCCGAUAUCUCCGUCGACAGCCGGAAUACAUGACCAUGCCAUGCCAUGCCCAUCCUGCUUUCUUAUGCAUGUUUCUCCCUAGAUCUAUGGUGUUGAAGCAGCGUUACAAAUUACUGUAUCAAAAUCAAUGGAUGGCCGCACCAACGAGGAUUGAACCCAGUUGUCAGUGAUCUACGUUUGUUGUGACAGUGCCACAUCGGGCUAGUAACCCAAUUCAAGUUUGUUGGGGUAGUGAUCUGAUAACCGUGGUUCCGACUUUGUUCCAGGAUAGCUGAUUAUGGACAAUGAGUAGGCUUCUGAGCCGCACUACGAACGUGAUCGUGGUGAAUGUGCAGUCGAAAAUCCUCGUCCGCGGCUGAGAGCCUCGUGUCUGCCCUGGAUAUUGGUAUUGGGUCUGGAGUACUGAAUU